AUGUUUCCGGUGAAUCUGAAUGACAGGGAGGACCAGGUGUCUCCACAGCAGGCAGACGGUAAACGGAAGUUUCUAGGUGAAGUAGACUUUUUUGCAGAUAAGAGGAGGUCUAGUGAUGAUACUUAUGUAGUGAAGAAGGAAGACGUUGAAGCUGCUAAAAGGGAAUUGAAUGUCAACACUGGUUUGCAACUUCUUACUGGUAACAAUGGAAGUGAUCCAUCAACGGCAGGUGAUGGGAUUUCAUCUGAUAUCGAAAAUAAGAAAGCAAGAAAAGAGCUAGCAGAAUUGCAAGGUGAACUUGAUAGAAUGAAUGCUGAAAAUCAGAAGUUAAAGGGGAUGCUUACUCAGGUCACCAACAAUUACAGUACGUUGCAGAUGCAUCUUACUGUAUUAAUGCAACAGCAAAAGAAUUCAAAAACUGAAAGCUUACGAGAAAACCAAACUAUAGAUGGAAAAUUAGAAGAUAAUAAUAAUCAAGAAAAUAGAGGGGCAAUAGUUCCAAGACAGUUCUUGGAGUUGGUCCCAGGUGAUCAAGAACUGUCUCAUUCUUCAUCAGAAGAAAGAACGCUAUCUGGAUCGCCGGCACAAAACAAGAAAAUGAUUGUUAGGGAAGAGAGCCCAGCAUCUGAAGAUUGGGCUCCUAAUAAGGCUCCCAAAUUAAAUCCCUUCAAGCCUGGUGAUCAAGCCACUGAGGCUACCAUGAGAAAAGCUCGAGUUUCAGUUCGGGCAAGAUCCGAAGCUCCUAUGAUUUCCGAUGGAUGCCAAUGGCGUAAAUAUGGGCAAAAGAUGGCGAAAGGAAAUCCUUGUCCACGAGCUUAUUAUCGUUGCACUAUGGCAGUAGGAUGUCCAGUGCGCAAACAGGUUCAAAGGUGUGCUGAGGACAGAGCAAUCUUGAUUACAACCUAUGAAGGUACCCACAAUCAUCCACUGCCACCGGCCGCCGUGGCCAUGGCAUCAACAACCUCAGCCGCGGCUAAUAUGCUCCUUUCCGGCUCAAUGUCUAGCGCAGAUGGGCUGAUGAAUCCGAAUUUUCUAGCAAGAACCAUUCUUCCGUGUUCAUCAAACAUGGCAACUAUUUCAGCCUCGGCUCCAUUUCCGACAGUCACAUUAGACCUUACUCAGCAACCCAACCCAUUGCAAUUCCAAAGACCGCUACCCCCUACCCAAUUCCAAGUCCCUUUUGCCGUCACUCCACCACCGCAAAUGUCUCAAGUUUUAGGGUAUAACCAAUCAAAAUUUUCCGGGCUACAGCUGUCUCGGGACAGUACUGAAGCUGCCUCAUUGCCAAACGAGGAGCAGCAACACCCAUCCUUCGCUGAUACCCUCAGUGCCGCCACCGCUGCCAUCACCGCGGAUCCUAAUUUCACUGCAGCCCUUGCCGCCGCCAUCACUUCCAUCAUCGGAGGCUCCAAUCCAAACAGCGGCGAUAACAAUACGAUGGCAAACAACAAUAGUGCCGACGUAAACACAAAUAGCAGCAACAAGACAAGCAGUUUUUCAGGGAAUUAA